AUAGCUUUGACUAGAUGGAUCUUUGUCGGCAAAGUAAUGUCUCUGCUUUUUAAUAUGCUGUCUAGGUAAUACCAAGCCAUCCUGCACUUGGUAGGGAAUUUAGCAUUCCUGUUCCUUGCUGUCUUAGUUUGCAAAGGCCUCCAUAACAAAAAUAUCUCAGGCUGGAUGGCUUAAACAUCAAAAAUGUAAUUCUCAGCGUUCUAGAGUCUAGAAGUCCAACACCAAGGUGUCUACUGUUUGAUUUAUCCUGAGGCCCUUCUCCUUACCUUACGGAUGGUCAUCUUCUUGCUGGGUCCUCCCAUGGCCUUUUCUUUGGAUGCUCACAUCCCUGCUGUUUGUCCCUUAUUGUAAGGACAUCAGUCCGGUUGAAUCAGGACCCCACCUUUAUGAGCUCAUUUAAUCCAAAUUACCUACUUAAAGGUCUGUAUUCAAAUAUAGUCACACCGGGGGGUUAAGAUUUCAACAUAUGAACUUCGAGGGGAGCAAUUCAGUUCAUAACACUUGCUCAAAUAACUACCGGUAGUGCCAAUCAAAGAUAACCAAAGAUAUUCCGAUCUAUUCACAAAUGGAUCCUAAGAGGAUGGUCUACAAUAUUGAGUAUUUUCAUAGCUACUUUACUUGAUUAUAAAUGCCUGUUUACCUACCAGUUUUGGCUAUCAUCUGAUGACAGGUGAGAUGAGUCUUUGCAAAAAGCGCUUUUUAUUUUUUGGCCAUGCUGCAUGACUUCUGCCAUCUUACUUCCCCAAGCAGGGAUCAAACCCAGGCUCUUGACGAUGAAAACCCUGAGUCCUAACCACUGGACCACCAGGGAAAUCCCAAAAAGUACUUUCUGAACCAACUCCAAGAGAAAUCCAGUGCAGUACUUCUUUCAUGAGGUAAAGCUGAUAUCACCUCUCUUUCAGAGUUUGCUUAUCCUAACUUAAUACACUGUGAAGCACGGGCAGAGAGACUUAAAGAGUUAUCUAUAUAGUCCUCCCUAGAUUGAAUAGACUUUUUUUGACAAAUGAAUAUCAUAAAAGUCAAUAGCACCUGUUCUAAGAUCUAAAAUGAAAAGGAUUUAGUGAGGAAUGUAGAGGGAAGACGUCUCAGGGGGAUUAAAAAGUGAUUUCUAGAUAGAAGAAGGCAAAGCAUGACCCUCUAACUGAGCUGCAGUUAAGAUAUUAGACAUGGUAACCAGGAAGUCUUUUGCAUGUGAUUUCCAUAUUACUACCAUGUAUUGGAGUAGGAGAUGGCAACCCACUCCAGCAUUCUAGCCUGGAGAAUUCCAUGGACAGAGGCACCUGUCAGGCUGCAGUCCCUGGGGCCGCAGAGUCCUGAGUGACUGAAUACACACCCACAUACACGCACACUCUGAGUAGUUAUAGUGCCAAGUAUGGGAAUAUGAGCAUUCCACAUAUGCUAUUAUUUGAUUUACUAUUGUUAAAAAUCAACUAAAAUAGGGUAUUUCUACAGCUCCUCAACUCUUCCUCAACCUCCCCCCACCUUCGCCUUCCAUACACACACCUCUUGAGCCAACUGGGAGACAGAGAUACCGAGAAUAAGAAAUGAGGAUGCCCUGGCCUCGGGAAGUGAUGGAGGGAGAGCUGAGGCCUGGACACAUUUGAGAGCUGUUCAGGAGGAUGGCUGUGAGGAUGAGAUGAGAGAACAGAUAUGCCAGUGUCUGGGCCACAGAAAGCAUCGCACAGAUAUUCUUCUCUGCCUUCCUUCCUCCUGCCAACUCUGGGUCUGUGAUUCUACAGAUGCUAUUCAUCCUGACCCAUGGCUAAAUAUACCUCCCAGUUCACAGCGGUGGGAACAGAGUCGGCGCUUAACAAAUACUCGAUACUCGCUUCUUUUUAAUUCCAAUGAUGAUGAGAAAUCUGAUGAUGCCCCGAUGGCAAGGAAAAGUAUCAGCUCCAACUGGUCCCCUAUUAUAAGGAUUUCUGAUCCCUAAUCUGACUGAUCAUUGUGAUGGAACAAGAGCAAAAACUACUGGUCUCAGAUUCUAGUGGCUUCACAAAGAAGGAGAGUUUGAACAGCACUUUUACAGGAGAUGAAAGUAAGAAUAAUUUUAAAACUGUUGAAUGCAGUAACUCCAAGGCAGAUAAAGAGAGAGCCUCAAAAUGGUCUAGAAGUGAUGACCCAGAAAAUUAUAAGGAUGAAGACACAAAAGAAAUACUAUUGACAGGGUCCCAAGGAGGUAAAACUGAAUGUGAUGAUUCCUGUGAGAAAGAUAGCAACUUGGAGAAUCAGGGAAAUUGUACAGAAAAAGAGGAGGAACAAUGCAAUCACUGGGGAUGGAACCCAGGAGAACAUACUGGGUCUGCUGGCCAGCAGAACCCAUCAUUUGGGGACAAACCCCACAAAUGUUCUGAAUGUUGGAAAAGCUUCAGUAAUAGUUCUCAUCUUCGAACUCACCAGAGGACCCACUCAGGAGAAAAACCUUACAGAUGUUCUGAGUGUGGGAAGUGCUUUAGUAACAGCUCUCACUUGAUUCAGCACCUGAGAACCCACACAGGCGAGAAGCCCUACCAAUGUGGUGAAUGUGGGAAAAGCUUCAGCAACACCUCCCAUCUUAUUAUCCAUGAACGAACUCACACGGGAGAGAAACCCUAUAAAUGUCCCGAGUGUGCAAAGAGUUUCAGCAGUAGCUCUCACCUUAUUCAGCAUCACCGAUCACAUACAGGUGAAAAACCAUAUGAAUGUCCAGUUUGUGGGAAAUGCUUCAGCCAUAGUUAUGUGCUUGUAGAACAUCAGAGGACCCACACUGGAGAAAAACCUUAUAAGUGCCCUGACUGUGGGAAGAGUUUUAGUCAGAGCUCUAGUCUGAUUCGCCACCAGCGGACACACACUGGUGAGAAGCCCUACAAAUGUCCUGAGUGUGGAAAAAGCUUUGGUUGUAAUUCUACUCUAAUCAAGCAUCAGAGAAUACAUACAGGAGAAAAACCCUAUCAGUGUAUAGAAUGUGGGAAGAAUUUCAGUCGAAGUUCAAACCUGGUUACACAUCAGAAAAUGCACACAGAUGACAAAACCUAUCAAAGUUCUGAAUAUGAAGAAAGUUUGAGUCAGAACUAUAGGCUGAUAGAAGAAUGCAGAAUUCAGCCAGGAGAGAAGCCAUAUAAAUGUUGUCAGUGUGGAAAGAGUUUUGGCCUCAGCUCUCAUCUCAUAAGACAUCAAAGAACACAUACAGGAGAAAAACCUUACAGAUGUUCUGAGUGUUGGAAAACUUUUAGUCAGAGUUCCACCCUGGUGAUUCACCAAAGGACACACACGGGAGAGAAACCUUAUAAAUGUCCUGACUGUGGUGAGUGCUUCAGUCAGAGCUUUAACCUUAUCAGGCACCGGAGGACCCACAUGGGAGAAAAACCUUACAAAUGCAGUGACUGUGAGAAAUGCUUCAGCCGAAGUGCCUACCUCAGUCAGCAUCGGAAAAUUCAUGUAGGAAAAUCUUUCGAGUCUCCUGAAGGGGAAGAUUUUCCUCAUGGAUGGACUUGGAGAAACUAUUCUGGGGAAAUAGCACUCAUCCCUUCAUUUUCAAUACCAAGUUCACCUCCUUCCUGAGUCCUAAAGUCUGUUUCUUUUUCUUUUCUUAUCAAAAAUUAUAAUUAAGAUGUUCUCAGAUCACACUGUUGCAAAAUUUGUUUGGUUUGUUUGGCAAAACAUGUGGGAAAAGUCAAGUUCCCAGCUUAAAGCUUGGGAAGACCCAGAUUAUCAGGUCACCAGAUUUGCCCAGUGAGAGAUACUGCCAGUGAUGGAGAGAAAGAAGAAUAUUUUUUAUUUAGGGUAAGGCAGUAAUAGUUUCAAAGGAAAACAUGGAGAGAAAUCCUGGGAGACUAAAGAUGAGAUGGUCAUUGAAUCUUAUAUCCUGUUGCCUGACUGGGUGGUGACAGAUUAUUGCUGUCCUAUGGGUUUGCCCAGAGAGAGAUUUUUUUUGAACAGAUAAUGUGAUUUCCUGGCUAUUUUGUUGAGUCUUAAGGAAGAGAAGACUAAUUUUUUUCAAAUAUGUUAUUUGCUGAAAGUUAACUUUUAGAACUGCAUUGUUCAGUACAACAGCCACUAGCCACACAUGGAUAGUUAAGUUUAAAUUGAUUAAGAUGAAAUUUAACAUUGAGUUCUUUAGUCAUGUAAACCCCUUGCUGAAUGCUCGGUAGCCACUGGGGGCUGCUGUUUUAAAUAUCACAAAAAAUUCUUUCGAGAUCAUCAUUCUUGACAGUUCUUGUAAGACUGUAGGAAAUGUGCUUUGGGGAUUCUGUUCUCCAAGAAGAAUUACAAUAUAGUCUAGGAGUAGAUAGAGUUUUGAAGGCACUAGGUCUAAAGUUUCACCAUUUUGAUGAUUGUAUGUUUUAGAUUCAACCAUCUCAGUUAUCUAGAGAUAUGAUCCCAUUGUCUUGGCCAAAGUCAGAUUAGUAGGUAGGAUUCAUAAUUCUGUUUUGAAUUUUUCUGUCAAGUGGUCCUUUUCCCUCAGUUUUCCUAUUAUAUAAUUCUUCAUCAGAUCAAAGACAUUGGGUUCUUUUUCUCUUAAUUAACUCACUGAGUCUGAGCCAGUGUCCAGGGACAGUUUGCCACUGGAGCCCCAGAUUCCUAAGUUCCAGUCUCGGCAGUUUGCUUCUGCCUCUUGAUAUACAUGGUGUAUGGAUCUGGUGACCAAGACACUGUCCUCCCUGUUCGUUUGUCCAGUGGGAAUGGUGUGCUGUAAAGGAUUAAAAUAUCUCCUCUGUCCUCACCUCCAUUUUUUCCUGCCACUGUAAAAAGGUAGAUGUGUAGGAAGGUCAGGACUUGCCCAGGAUUUCAUCUUUUUUUUUUUUUUGGAGUUAAAAAUAUGUUUUUUGAAGCAUAAGUAGAGAUGUAUACUAGGAAUGUGGAGCCAGAAGCGGCCAAUUGCGGCGGGGCGGAGGGCUCUCUGGCUGGUGGGCAGCUGAAGUCCAUGGGGGUUUUCUUUCGUGACUGUGGUGCACCUGGUACUGGCAAGGCGAUGGUGUCUUUGUAUAUUGUUUUGGGAUUUAAAAAUGAGUCAAAGCUGAUAAUUAGUGGUAUUCAAGAAGUCUUUGGGGGUGAUUUUCUGCUUUCAGAAAGAGGGAAAACCUUAUGGGCAUCUUUGGCUUUAGUGUGACUCUUACUCAAGCAUCCUGUUACCUUUGUAUGUUAGGCAGUGUUACCCCAGUUGUCUUAAACUGUGGUAUCUGAGGAUAAGUGUUUACAGUAUUCUUUUUUAAAAAUUUAUUUAUUUUUUAAUUGAAGGAUAAUUGCUUUACAGAAUUUUGUUAUUUUCUGUCUAACCUCAACAUGAAUCAGGCAUAGUACACAUACAGUAUUCUUUGUUGUAGACAACUGAGAGUUUGAUGUUUGAUGAGAGUCUGAUUAAUGAUCAAUUGAAAAGAAGUAGCUGUUGGGUUGGUUCACAAUCAUGGAGCCCAUUAUGUGUGGCAAGUAACCAUUCUGAACUUGGUUCCUCAUCUGUAAAAUAGAGAUAAUGUCUACAUUGCAUGGUUUUGGUAAGGGUUAAAUGAAUGUUUGCAAAGCAGCUAGCACAGUGCUUAAAAUAUGGGUCUAAAUAAAUGGUAAUUAUUAUUAAUUGAAACAAAUUGAAAAAUAUCCUCCAUACGUUUUCAGAAGCAGCAGUCCAGCCCCAAACUUUCCUGCUUGUGGAUUCUUUAUGAUCAGCCUCAGGAACCCCAAGGAAUAAGCACAAAGGAUUCAGCACCUGAAUAAAUAAAGCAUUCUUAUUAACAA